CGCGCAAUCCGCAGCCGACUGUGGCGAUUUAAGCACACGAGACGCCAACACAGACGCGGCGCGGUUGUGCACGCAAACAGCUGUGGAGCCCAUGCGCGCGCCGCGUUUUCGGUUGCAUUGCAACACACUUUAGCACGAGCUAAGCCGAAGGUUUCCCGGGAAACCUUAAACGACCUUGCCCGAGCGGAAUCCAUUGAUUUCUGGGUCUCAGAGCGUCGCUUUCUCUUUUUUUUUUGUGCGCUUUGCUUUCGUGUUUCUCAAAUCUGCAUCUUCAAAUCCGCCGGCUUGUGCCUCUCUCGUCCCUGGUGUUGAGCAUUUUUUUCGUUGAGCAGUACAUUAUCAGUAUGUAGCAAGCUCCGAGCUCGGGCCUUUUACAACCACUACCAGCUUUGUCUGGUGCAAGAAUCUAUUGGCGCCUGACCGUCAUGAGCCAGGCUGGCGGGGCAACUUCAUCCAGCCGGCCGCCGCCCGCGGCGACGCUGGAGCGGUGGUUGGUCAGUCGGAUCAUGAAGAAGGGCGUGCCGUCGCUGUCGCAGGAAGAAAUAUCCGUUAUAAACGCCUCGAUGCCGGCCUUCGAAGAGGAGUGGAAAGCGGUGACGAAUCAGGACUUGCCGCCGGAUGUUCGAUCGCAGUUGACAGAUCGGCUGCAGAAAAAAGAGUCGCAGAUGAGGUGUGAUAUAGUGGCUCGCAUAUUUGUUGAGGAUGUUUUUUUAUCACGUCAACGCAAUACUCUUACUCUGCGGUCACUAAAGUUUUUGAAACCAAAACUAAUUUGUGCAACACACUAAACUUUAUUCUAUACGACUACUGGUACUGGCAAUACAGGUUCGAAGACCUCGACCAGAUACCUGCCUUCCACCGCGCUGUGAUACAGGGUGACAUCACCAUAUGGAUGUGUCAGGAUCGAAAUCGACAAAAUCGAAAAAUUUGUGAUGCGUAAAACGUAGGGCACUGAAGGCCUAUAUUGGGGAGCAGGCAAAUGAGACCGAUUGUAAGCCUGUUUAGGGGUAUGCAAUGCGCUGCAAGAGUAGCAUGACAGGAGGAGUCUUCUUUGCCCAGACAGCAUGACAAACUGGAUUUGGGUGCUCCCGAAGUUUGUCAUGCGCCAACUGAGGCUCCAACUGACAUCGAUUUUGUGCAUCACAAAUUUUUCGAUUUUGUCACUUUCGAUUCUGACGCUUCCAUACACCAGAGUAAAAGCCUUGUUGCAGAAAAACGUAUCACACGUGCGACGGCUAUCAAAUGCAAAAGUGUCUGGGUCUGGAAUGUUGCUGGGUUUGUCAUGCAUAUUUUGCAUGACCCAUGAUGUCUGUAAUGCACGACCUAGCAUCACAGAUUUUUAGAGGGCUUCCUGAUGCCUACUGCGCAUGACAAAUGCCCUCCGCGCGUAGCACAAACUAGACUCCUCUUGCUGGUCAUGCAAUACAGCUUUUUUUAGAGUCCAAAGGUAGCAUCACAAGUUCCAACCUUCCAGACCCAGACAUUUUUGCAAUCCAUAACGGCUGCUAACAGCAACCGAUACCGGGAAGAAAACAGCGCUGCACAUGGCGGCAAAGGAGGGCUAUGUGGAUAUCAUUCAGCUUUUGGCAGACCACAGCGCAGAGAUGGAUGCGAAGGUGUGAUAAGUACUAGCGUAGAGAUGUUGGAUAAGCAUAAGCUUUUCGCUCAUGAUGACAGAAAACUGCGAAUCAAUAAAAGGUGAAAGUGGAUUCUAUUUCCAUCCAGUCUUUUCAACAACGAACUACAUCGGUGCUCCUGCAAUUUCCGAUUCACAAAAACUCGAGCAAUUUUUCACAGGACCGCACCGGGCGCAACCCGCUGCACAUUGCGUGCGAGUACGGGCAAGCGAAAGCGGUGCAGAUGCUUCUCAAGUUCGGCAUAAAUCCGGAGCUGCCGGAUGGGUUGGGAAGAAACGCCUUUCAUCUCGCGUGCUGUUCCGAAAGUCUGCAGUCCAUCGACUACCUGCUAGCGAGGAAACCAAAACUGCUGCAGGCAGUCGACAAACACCAGCGUAUCGAUACUUUUUAACACUCGCAGUUGUACAAGAACCUGGCAUCACCUCGCUUUAGCUGCAUCGUUCUGCUUUCUUGCAGUUUCGGAUUAUAGCGCUGCUUACUAGGCAGCAACAUUUACAUUCAUGUAAAAACAACGGCGCAUCAAAUAAUUGAGUUUCUUCCAUCUAGGGAUGAAAGCCGAAUAAAACCUCCCGACGAAACUACAGGCACCGGGCUUUUUUACGCGGUGUUGAACACGCACGCGUCCGGCGCGGGGGAGAUUAUCGCCCAAAAGCUCCUCGACGGCACCGCCGACCCGAAUUUUCGGGACGCGUACCGAAAAACGGCGCUCCACUACGCCUGCGAAGAGAACCGGAAAAGGUGCGCCAUGCUUUUGUUAAAAUACCGUGCGGACCCCGCGGUCCAGGAUGGAAUCAACCGCAUGACGCCCUUGCAGGUGUGCACGAGCGACAGCUUGAAGCUAUGGAUUGCAAAAAUGUCUGGGUCUGGAAGAUUGCAACUUGUCAUGCUGUUUUUGGACUCGAAAAAAAUUUGCAUUGCAUGACCAACAAGAGGAGUCUAGUUUGCGCUACGCGGGGAGGGCAUUUGUCACACGGAGUAGGCAUGCGGAAGCCUUCUAAAAAUCUGUGAUGCUAGGUCGCACAUUACAGACAUCCUGGGUCAUGCAAAAUAUGCAUGACAAACCCGGCAACAUUCCAGACCCAGACAUUUUUGCAUUUGGUAGAAGCGUGACAUUCGCAAAUUCCUCGGCAUUCCCGAAGACUCCGCAAUCAACAUCGGGGCGACAAUAGCAGCUGAUCAAGGAGCUGGUACUGGUAUGAUUUUUUCGAGGAUGAAGGACAAGGAUGUAAGUAGUUGUGUCCUGGUAGUCCUGGUACUUCUACGGGGAAAAAUAACUUGUUGUUUUCGACCUACUCUGAAUCAUUGUUCGCAGGGACUGGUAAUUUGAUAUCCACACCCAUGUGUUGUACGUGUAUCGGGGCGGCGAUUUGGUCUCUGUGCAAGUUGUUUGUACAACUUGCAAAUAUUUCGAAAGUAGUUCUUGUUUUCGCUCAUUUGUACGCUAAAAACGACACGUGCGACGUCGGUCACAAUGAAAAAACUCGACUUCUUUCUUCAACCAGGUGACAGCAGCGUCCGCCGGAGUUCGGGCGGGAAAAAGGUGGAGUUCGAGCCAGUUUCCGACACCAACCAGCAGGGGUACACCGAUGCCAACAAAACCGCCGUCGCGCGCGCUCCCGUGGCCCUCGGCCUGUCGUUCGCGCAGCUACGAGACCGGUUCAUAAGGCUGAUGCAGCGGGUACAGGAGGGAGGGCUGCAGCAGUAUGAGCACAUCAAACAACCCCAUUUGUUCACCGCAAGCUGGAUGCAGGAUGUUAGCAGCCACCAGCAGUUACUCGGUAGAAGAAUCUCGUGUUGUCAAUUUUUUGAAAAAAUGAGAGGCAAAACCACAACCUGCGAAUAAAAGAAAAUUCACGACGACGUUGCAAAGAUAAGAACUGAAAUGUCAACAUUAAAAAGAUUGAGAUUGUGUUGAGACCGCCCGUGUAACUCGAUUUAUUUUAGGAUGUAUUCGCAAGAAACCGUUCCUAUACAACUCCCCCGCACACCAGGUGUGACUUUGAGCAAGAUCAGCGGCCCCGAGACAGCGAUUCGGAUUUUCAACCUGCUCCGCCCCCCGAGCCACUUUCCCGCUUCCCGCGGCGACGAGCGAGACAUUCUCUCCUACUACGCCAUGGGAAACGAGCCGGCGGAGGUGAAGAACGUGUGGGACGGGGCGGAGGACCCAUUCAAGCUGCUGUCCGCCGGCGCGAAGGCCGCGAACGAGAACCUGGAGGCGGAGUACGGGCAGGCGCGGCGGCAGGAUUUGAUCAAGGAGAUUUUCGAGCUGCGGCAGAUGGUGGAGACCAAGGAGUGCGCGAAUGAGGAAUUGAAAAAGAAAAACACGGAGCUGCAGAUGAAGGUGGACACGUACCUGUCCCCGGAAGAGGUCCGCGGGUACCGGGACGAGCUGGCGAGGCUCCGGGCGGAAAACACCGAGGCGGAUCUCGCGAAGCAGAAUCUGGAGGGGAAAAUCUCGAAGUACGAAUCCGAAGUGCGCGUGUUGAAGCAGGAGAUGGAGGAGCAGGCGGCCGCCGCGGGGCGGUCGAAAACCGAGCUGAACGUGACGAAAGCAAGACUGGAAGCCGAGAUGCAGCGGCAGGGCGAGGCGCAGGCGUGGAAAACGGUCAAGGAAAGGAUUGAGGUGCAACUGGACGACUUGGAAAACGACAAGAGGUUGCUCGAGCAGAAGGUCACCGAACUCACCACCAGACUCGAGCAGAAAGGUAGUACUCACUUUUUUUGAUAAAAGUAGUAGAGCUGUGGUUCUAAUACACGUAAAGAAAGGGCUGCACCUGCAUCUGCGGCUUAUGCAGAUAUGAAAUUUUCAUGUUCAACAUCAUGAAAAAAAUCACUGGAUUUCGUUGGUACGUCUUGAAGUAGCUACCACGCCGGCGGGCAAGGGAUCGUUGGGGUUUCUAGUACCAAAAAAUUUUUCUAACACGCGACUGUUUUAAUCCUCACACGACUACUACAGGCAGUGCGGUCAAGGCGGAUGAAGCGGAGAUUAAGCGCAUGGAGCGGCGCAUUCGCCUCUCCGAGGAGCUGGCGGAGAAGGAACGCAUGAAAGCUAUUGCUGCCGAGGACCAGGCAACCGCGGUCGAGAUCAAGCGGUCGAAGUUGCAGGCCGAAUGCGACAUGCUGAAGGACCGGGUGCAGUACCAGGACGGGAAACUCCGGGAGUGGCAGGCGAAGUACAAAUCCGUCAUGAACCAGCGUUAUCCCGUGUAGAAAAUUGUACAACAGUAUUCGCACACGUGAUGAAACAAAUCAGAAUCUUGGAUAGUUUUAUAAAAUUUGACAGAGUUACUAGUGAGUUUGUCAGCAGGUGGACCAGAUCUUCCGAGUUCUCUUGUAGGUUGGUUAGAUAUAUGGAAAGAAGAUUUUGUUGUCUCAACAUGUAUUAGCUUCAAAACAAAAAGUCUUCACCUUGUGCCUGUGCGAUGCAGUUUUCCUAUGGAUAUGCGCGCACAAGAGCAGUACAGUGAGGUUGCGAAGCUGGUCGGCUUGGAGCAAGAGACGAAGAGACUGCAGGGCGUGCUUGAGCAGGAGCAGGUGGAGAAGCAGCAGAUGAAGAACGUGAUUGAGAUGGAUGAGGCGGAGAUCGAGCGGCUGCGGCGCCAGCCCACCGACUUCAACGUUUUCCAGCAAUCCGGGGGGCAAACCAGCACCAUCGGCGGCCCAGCCGGACUUUCCCCCGGAGCGGAGUCCGCGUUCACCGCCAAAACAAUACGGAACAACGGACAGGAAACCGCCAUGGACACGAUGGGCACGGACGCCAUUCGCGGUUUGAACGAUUCUGGCGGUGGUGUACUAGCGGGAGAUCCUCUCGCAGCCGCUCCUGGUGCUGCGCCCGCUAGUACUAGUCGUGCGAAGGAUGUUGUGGAACAAGCUCCUGGCGAUGCAGCAGCGCCGGACCUGAUUACCAACGACGCAGCUUCAUCCAGCGCCGGGCGGCGAAGUAGCGUGGAGCGGCAGGACACGAUCAUACCGCCCGAACUGCGGAAAAGCGCGGUCGUGGAUCGGCAGGACACCAUCCUGCCGCCCGAGGUGCAGGCAGCGGCGGGGGUCGGCAGGCUGGUCGAUUUGAUUGACCUGAACGCGCCGGACGCGAAUGUCACAAGGCCGUCCGGUAUGAAAUGCAAAAAUGUCUGGGUCUGGAAGGAUCCGAACUUGUGAUGCGCAUUUUAGAACACAGAAAAAUCUCUCAUGCAUAGGUAGCAAAAGCUGCCAACUUGGACAUUCUGUCACCAAAAUGGGGGAUUUCUCAUGCGGGUUCGGCAUUGCGGAAGCUUCUCGAAACCUGUGAGGCUAGAGCUUCCACGCCAGACCUUCUGUGUCAUGCAAAAACAGCAUGAGUCUUCCAGACCCAGACAUUUUUUACAUUUGAUAUCCGGCCGAGAUGACAGCACGACGCCGCCGCCGGCGAGGCCAGAAUAAGCGGUCGAAAUAAACAAGAACCUCCACCAGCUUUGGUUCGAGUUGUCAAGAACAUCGGGGUUUUUUCACAUUCUACCAAACGAACAACCUUAUUGUUGUGACGUGGCCUGGUUAGUGCUCUUGUUGGAGUAUCCCCGUGGCCAAGAAUGAACAACAACAACGCAGACGCACAGUUGUAAAUGUUGAUACAGAUUUAGGCUAACGCUCACGCUGACUUCAAAGAUGUUUUCUAGGAUUUCAAGACAGACUACUGAAUUUCGGCGCGAAAGGUAAUUUGCAAAGAAAUGCUAAACUGAGGACGGUUUUUAUUGUAAGUGGAAGUGGACCUAGACCGCGGGUGGGUCGUAAAAAUAUUGCGCAAUUUUGACCCCUCCGCGAGACGCGAACUAGUUUUUCUGACGCGGUUACAGCUGUCGCGUCGCACUUUUUUUCUGGUCAACGGGAAAAGGAAGCAAUGGCAACUUCAGUUAUUUCCAAAGAGGAGGAUAUCGACGUCGGUUCUCUGAGCUGUCGGUUGUUUGAUCUUUAUGUUUAUUCCGUGGCUUGAAGCUCCUGCUUAAGCUUAUUCUGGUGUUCGCGAAACUUAUUUACGUCUCAGCGAAUCAAAACUCCAUUUGUAUAAUUGUAUGCGCAUCUAGAUCUACACUUUGACUUGGUCUUUCUGUAUUUGAACUCGAUCCUGAUAGAUGCUGACCAUGUAGCGGAACUAGAGAACUGAAAUAGGUAUUGAACAAAGGAGGUCGCUUGAAAAAGACUGCUAAGCGUGCGACUCCAAGGACGAAAGUCGGGCUUUGGAUUGUAGCGGGCUGCUGGUAGUCGUAGUCUCAGGCAUAGG